AUAUGGGUUUCUCCUGGGAUACUGGGAGAGCGAAAUCUCAGCCGCUGAUAUUCCCAAGGCUGGCUGCAGCUUCUUUUGCCCGCCAUUUUCUAGACAUCCCUGAGCCCAUGGAGAAGAGAGGAAAAACAAAAUUCCAUUUCCCAUCAUGCUUCGGCCUGACGCUCUCCAGCAGGGCGUUUACGGGCCGCGUACUAACGCUAUUUCCGCUUAGCGCGGGCCCUUUCGACUUCCUGGUCUUUGCUUCCGGAGGUGUGUGGAAGGCGAGGACGGAAUCACUGGCGAUAAAGAACGUAGCUAAGAAAGAAAGGGAUGUGACGAAGGCGUCUGCGCCGGAAGUGACGUUCUGGAGGGCGCCGCGCGGUGUGUGAGGAAGGUCAGUCGGCAUGAGUGGUUCCCUGUGCUGUCGGGCGACUAGGUGAGUCCUCGCUAAGGGGGCGGGGAGGAUUCCCUGCCAGCUGCAUUCGCUCCACCCGAGCCGGGUCCUUGGACCAGAGUCAGGGAGGGAAACGGAGCGGAACGGAACGAUGCGGGUGGUAUCGGGGAGGCUCACUGGUCUCUUUCUCAGGAGUCGCCGGGCGCAGAGCCUCGUGCCUUGGGUCUCUCGGGGCUUGCUCCCUUCGGUCGGAGCCAGGGCCAAGAACGGGGUCGCGGAAGAGGAGGAUGAGCUAGAACGACCUAUCCACUUUUCCUCCAGCAAGGCGAACCCGCACCGUUGGGCCGUGGAGCAUUCCCUGGGAAGCGAUCGUCAUCGUCCCUGGUGGAAGGUCGUACCCUUGAGCGUCUCCCUUAUAGCGCUGAUCUCUUGGUGCUUCUUAAGGAAGGAGACCGAUGUUGAUCGAUGGUUGACUGAAGACUUGGAAGGGGAGUCACCAGAAGCAGACAUCGAUUCCGAGCAGCCUGGAAGGUUAUCCGAUGUAUUGUCCAGGAUUAAGAAAUCCUGGAAUUUCAUCCUAGUGGGACAUGCUGGAUGUGGCCAGAAACAUAGCUGUCUUCUUAGAGGGCAGACUUAGUGACAGCAGUAGACCAUCAACAGAAGAAAGAAACUGCCCUAUGGCUCACCCAAGUUUCCUAAUGAAACUUUGGAAAGGGUUUCUCAGACCCGUUAGAAGUGUUGGUAUUCAUCAUUCUAGUGAUUUAACAGUUGGUGCUUUUGAAUGCCUUGGGGUACAAAGUGCAGUGCAGAAUUGCCAGCUGGAUAUUCAUUUGCAUGAAAAUGUCAUCCAUUUCGUUUUUAUAAAACAAUGUGAAAAUAAGUGUUACUUUUGUAGCAUUGAAAUAAAGUAAAUAAUUUGC